UAUUUGUCUUGAGAACCACAUCAUCUGUAUGCCAACGUACACAAUUAAACGGGACCCCACGUAGUAGGAGGUUCUCUCUACAUGUAUAUGCUCUAAACAUUGACCGUUUCUAAGUCCACCUUAUUCUCAAGCUACAUUAAGGUAUUGGACCGGCCUCUGCAAUUUCUAAAACCCAAUGGCUUUACCAAUUUCGUUAGCCUUCCUCCUCUUCUUUGCCAUGUUUUCGCCGGCUCGAGGAGUUGAGUUUUUGUUCAACGGAUUCAAUGGAAGUGAGGCAAAUGACCUAAUCCGCGAGGGGGCGACUAUAAUCAAGCCCUCCGGCAUGCUCAAGCUCACAAACACAUCACAUAAUAUUAUAGGCCAUGCAUUCUAUCCCAAACCUAUAAACUUUUUUGAUAAAAACUCUUCUUCUUCAUACCCGAAUGCGUCUUCCUUCAGCACACAUUUUGUUUUUGCAAUUGUCUCCCCUGGUUCCGGCCCCGGAGGCUUUGGCCUAACCUUCACACUCUCUCCCUCUCCAAAAUUCCCUGGGGCGGAACCCGGACAUUUCUUUGGGAUUUUCAACUCCGCAACGGACAGUAACCCGUCAAACCACAUCUUUUCUGUGGAAUUCGACACGGUCAAUGGGUUUAAAGAGAACUCCAACACCGCAGGAAACCAUGUUGGUAUAAACAACAAAAGUUUGUACUCUGUAGCAUCUGAACCAGCUGCUUACUUUGUCAAAGGAGCACACAAAGAAGAAGUAAACUUGGAGAGCGGUGAACUCAUCCAAGCUUGGAUAGACUACGAUGGCAAAACUCAAAUGCUGAAUGUCACAAUAUCUCCCAUACAUGUGGAGAAACCCAAGAGACCGCUAUUGUCGCUGACUAUCAAUUUAUCUGCUACUCUUCAAGAGACUAUGUACGCCGGCUUCUCUGCAUCCACCGGAGAACAAGCGAGCGCUCAUUACAUAAUAGCGUGGAGUUUCACGGUGGAUGGAAUACCGAGACCAAUCAAUGUUUCGCAACUUCCUAAACCGCCAAAAGAGAAAGGUUCAUCCUCUUACAGACCCGAAAUCAAGGCUCUUAUAAUUGCCUUAUCGGUUGUGGUUUGCGUGUUGUUGGGAGUUUUGUUGUUCUUCACCUUGUACAGAGGAAUGCAUGAGUCUGAGAGUCUUGAGGAUUGGGAGCUGGAUUGUCCUCACAGGUUCAAGUACAAGGAUCUUUAUGCAGCAACAAAGGGUUUCAAGGCCUCCGGUGUGAUUGGAGCCGGCGGUUUUGGUGAAGUUUACAAGGGUGUCUUACCUUCUAGUGGAUGUGAAAUCGCGGUUAAGAAGAUCGCCCGAAAUUCGAUCCAAGGAAUGAGGGAAUUCGCUUCGGAAAUUGAGAGCUUGGGAAAGUUGAGGCACAAGAACUUGGUCCAUCUCCAGGGCUGGUGCAAGAAGAAGAACGAUCUCCUCAUAGUCUACGAUUACAUCCCAUAUGGAAGCCUAGACUCGCUCAUUUUUGGGUCCGAAAACAACUUUGUGCUGAGCUGGGCACAAAGGUUCAGCAUCCUCAAAGGCAUUGCAACAGGGCUCUUGUACCUGCAUGAGGAAUGGGAGCAAGUGGUGAUUCAUCGCGAUGUGAAGUCGAGCAAUGUGUUAAUAGAUGCAGAAAUGAACCCGAGGCUAAGCGACUUCGGCCUUGCCAGGCUGUAUGAUCAUGGAGAAAUAUCACACACUACUGGCGUGGUUGGCACAAUUGGGUAUAUUGCACCAGAAUUGGCUCGCACAGGGAAGGCCGCCACAUGCUCCGAUGUGUUUGCAUAUGGAGUUCUACUCCUUGAAGUGGCUUGUGGGCAGAGACCCAUCGGCUCAGGCGAGUUCAUAUUGGCGGAUUGGGUGAUGGAGAAUCAUGAAAUGGAUCGCAUACUCGAUACAGUUGAUCCGAACUUGGACUCGGAUUUUGAUGUUAAAGAGAUGAAGUUGGUGCUGGAACUAGGUUUGCUUUGCACUCACUACAAACCAGAAGCUAGGCCUACCAUGAGACAAGUGGUUCGAUAUCUCAAUGGGGAGGAUCAGCUUCCUGAAGUCGAAAACUGGAACCUCAUUGAUUCGCGUCAGAACAGUGAAAUGAACACAAGAUUUAUGCAGGUCCUUUCGAUUGAUACAAUGGCAUCGGAUCCUUCAUCGUCCUUGGGCGGGAUCUCUUGCAGUUCCAUGAACACCGGCAGAUGGUAGCGCCAAUGUACUUUUCAUUAUAAAUUCUUUCUUGCUCCCAUUCUUUUCAAAUCAACAUUGUAACAGUUGUUUAUUCUUAAUCUAUAUCAAAUAUUAUCGUAACUCUCUUUUUUCUCGAAAA